AGCAACGUCAGCGUGUGAACACAAACUUUCGAGAGCUACACCAGCAAGCAGUUUUUUUGAGUAACGUUUUACAGUACAGGACAGAAACAUCUCUGAAGUAUGUUGGACAAACAGCACACGGAGCCCCGCUAUGUCGUUGACAUGGAUCUCAUUGUCAAAAUGAGGCAAGAAUAUGAGUGUGCAGAGCUCGAUUCCAUGCUCGAGGGAGUCAUAAACAACCUCUUUGUUCUAAGUCCUCCACCUCCACCUUGUUUCCCUGCUGAGCCACCCGCCUCCCCUCAGCCAGCAGCAGACAGUCCUCCUGCAUUUGUGCAGCACACUCUGCAAAUGACUGCUCCCCCCACCACAGAGUCAGCUCAGCUGUAUAGUCAGCCAGGGACAGUCAGCCAGGGACAGUGUAACAACACACUCCAGAUUCCCGUCAGUAUGCUGCAGUACCUGAGUCCUGUCAGAGUAAUGAACGGUGUGUUUGUGGAGGACUUCACCUCAACUGCUGCUCCACUCAACACACCCACUCCAAAAAAGAGAAAGCAUCAGGAUGAGCAGGAAGAGCGCCAACCAUACAUUGAGAAGUCUCCAAAUGACUUGAUGCUCCUUUUGAAGGAGCAGAGGCCAAAGGAGAACACAAAUGGGUGCGCAGCAGCAAAUGCGGUUGUGGGAGAGAGGGGCAAAAAGAGGAAGAGAAGCCACGGGUCCACCUGCAGCACAGAAUCUACACAACACAAAAUAAGCCUGGCUUCACUUGCAUAUUCACCAUCAUCCCCAUCAGUGGCCUGUGAACUUGAGUUCUGCAAACCCACGGCCAUUGAUCUUCUGUCACUGAUGAGGCCGACAGAUCCCUCCUCUGUGUAUGUUCCUCUGUGA